GGGUACCAGGCUUUGUGGUCCCGGCUGCGGUGCCGGGGCCUUGCAAGGGGUCUUGGCUGGGCGCUCGGGCAGAUGGAGAGGCACCCCGGGCGGAGGUGCUUGUGGGCGUAGAGGCUGCCCGGUCUGGGGGCUGUGGCUGCAGGGAGAGCUGUCCUGCUUCGGGGGUGUCGCGCCGUGUGGGUCUUGCCGCCAGCUUUGUGGAUUCUGCCGGCUGCAGGGGGUGCCUGAGGAUGGGGGGCUGCCUGGAUUUGGGCAGCGCUGCUUGGUGUUUCUGGUUUGGGGGUGCUGCCUAGCUAGGGGUUCCACAGAGACCCAAGCUUGCCAUCAAGGCAGAGCAGUUCUAGUGGUGCGGGGGCCUCUGCCUCCCAGCUGUGUCCUUGCUGGCCUCAUCCCUGCUGUCCUGGUGAGAGCAGGAGGGCUCAGGCACUGAACAAAGCCAUGUUCGCUGGCCCAGCGUCUCUGUCUCCUUGCCUGCCCCUGGUCAGCUCAGUUUAAGCUCUAGUUUCCCCCGUGUUGUUUAGUCUGCCCAUCUGCUGGAAGGUGCUUGUCUUUGCCGAAAGAAGAGAAUUCUAAUGAAUGGCCAGACUCGGAGCUGGGUGCGUUCGCCAGAGCUGCUGGGGCCAGGUUUGUGAAUCACACGUGGCAGCAGCAAAAGGGCAGAUGUGUGUCCCGUGCACUGCCCUUUCUCUGACCUGUUGAAAGCAGUGUCUGCUCCUGCCAAAACACCCUGGCACUGCAGCAGUGCAUCUCGUUUAGUGCUGGUGUGGCCGAGCUUUACUCUGGCUGGGCAUUCCAACUGUUCCAGCAGCACAGGUGCCGGCUGGCUGUCUUGGGGAAGAGCUAGGGGCACUCCCCACCAGCCGUGGGUGUUUUCAACUUGUCCUGACAGAGGUGAAAUUCUGUCUGUCACGUUUAGAGUACUUUAAGGUAGUACACACUGUGCUGUCUGCUCUGGUUUGAUAGUUUAAUUGUUUUAUUCCUUGUUUUGAGGCUCUGAUACGGAUCAUCCAGGACCAUUGAUCCAGGCUAGCUUUUGCUUUGUUCCUGUGGGUUCACUUGGCGGUGCUGCUCCGCUGCUGGAUGCUGGGGUGGCCCUGAGGAAAGGGGCUCUAGGAGAUCUUUUCCUGAGCCCAGCUGAAGCUCCAGUGAUCUUUGCCAGUGGUGUUGUGGUGGCACUUGUGUUGCUUGGCAAGUUCACUGACUUUUCUUGGCUUCACUUGAGUUUCUGCUCUGCAUGAGGUUGCUGGCAAGCGUUUAAUUCCUGCAGCCUUUGCUCCUGUUGCCACCUCCUGUUGCUGUGUGUGUCACAAAGCAGUUUGUCAGAUGGCUGCCUAGUGAGCGGGAUAACUUCCAGCGAUGGCCGGCUGUUGGGGUGAUUGGAAACAGGAAAAGGGGGUAACCUAACAUUUUGAAGCUGGAUGGAACUAGCAAUUUGAGUUUAUUCUUUUUGUCCUGGCAUGUGUCAGAUCAGCUUGGAUAGCAUUCUUCACAUCUAGUGACACUUGGAAAGGUCAUGAAUCUUUAGUCAUGUGGCAAGUUUUCACCUGUAAAUGCUCUGUGUAUUUCUAUGUGUGUCUGCUUUUGUCCCAGUAAAACUGGCAGCUGGUCUCUGGGGUUUUGCCCUUGUAGUCAGUGCUGUUCUUUUGUAGUCCAGUUCAUCUGCAUUCCUCUCUCUCUUUCUCUCUCUCUCUCUUUCUCUCUCUCUCUCUUUCUCUCUCUCUCUCUCUCUCUCUCUCUGCUUUGCAUAGGAGAAUAAUUUAAUAACCAGUUAAAAAGAAUUUUAACUGGAUGUAUAUUUCUGUCUUAAAGACUACGGUGUGGGAGAGGAAGGCCAAGGUAUCUUGUCAGGCGGUGGGUGGAAGUGCGAGGCCGCUGCCCAUUUUAGUGCUGCUUGGCAGUGGUGGUAGCUCUAGCCCUGUGCUGGCACAGUGCUGCUGCCUCAAACUCGGGGCAAAGAUUGCCUGUGUUUCUGGCUUGGUUGUACCUGUGCCUUUGGCCGGAGCGGGAUCUGCGUGGUUGGCUGGAGAUGGGCUUUAAUGCCUUACACGCUUCAGGAAGACUUUGGGCUGUGGCACAGGUACAUCAACCUCCAAGAAAAAUAGAAGUCUGAAGGCAGCAUCCUCCCCAGAGGUUUUGUUCUAGGUGUCUGUCCAUUGUAUGUCCGCUCUGGAAGCGAGGCCUGUGAAGAAUGACGUCAAGAGGUGCUGGGACUGCUUUCUCGAGGAAGAACUACAGACUGAGCACCGAGCUGGAGAAGUCCAAGGUCACAGGGAUCGUGAACAGCAGGCUGCUGAAUGAUUAUCUGCAUCGCAUCUUUACCAAUGCGGAUGGGAACCAGUCUGCAGCUGCUUACAGAAAGCACCUGACGUUCCAGAAUCUGCAGGAGCACCUUGACCGGUUGCUAGCAGAGGAGGAUGACUCUGACGACAGUCGAGACCAGGGAGCCGAGGGCCGGCUUGGCCCGUCCACUGUGGUGCUGGACCACACGAGCGGGUUUGAGGGGCUCCUGCUGGUCGAUGAUGACUUACUUGGGGUGAUUGGCCACAGCAACUUUGGGUCCAUCAGGGCCACGACAUGCGUGUAUAAAGGGAAGUGGAUUUAUGAGGUGCUCAUCUCCUCCCAGGGACUCAUGCAGAUUGGCUGGUGUACUCUCAACUGCAGAUUUAAUCAGGAGGAAGGAGUUGGAGAUACACCAGAUUCAUAUGCGUACGAUGGAAACAGGGUGCGCAAGUGGAAUGUGACUACUACCAACUAUGGCAAAUCUUGGGCAGCAGGAGACAUCGUCAGCUGUCUGAUAGACCUUGAUGAGGGCACCAUUGCUUUCUGCUUGAAUGGCAUCUCUCUGGGAACUGCUUUCGAUAACAUCACAAGGGGUGCUGGAAUGGCUUACUUCCCUGCCAUCAGCCUCUCGUUCAAAGAGUCCGUUGCUUUUAACUUCGGAAGCCGUCCACUCCGUUAUCCAGUGGAAGGUUACCGCCCCUUGCAAGAUCCUCCUGUUGCAGACCUAGUGAAGACUCGCAAGCUGUUGGGCUACCUGAAGAAUGUGAUCCAUAUUGGAAUAGAUGUGACGGAGGGGAAGCUGGUGGAGAGGGACAUGUCCAUGUGGCAGCUUCAGGGAGAACCCACGGUGUUGAUUACAUUGGCCCACAUCUUCAACUAUUUCUCUCCUCUCAUGUGCAAGGUGUACCUGGUGGAAGAUGUGCUCAUGACCUUCCUGUUGAGCAUCCUCGAGCAAGGAGGGGCAGUGGAGUCUCAUCCACUUAUUCAGCAGCUUCUGGAUCUCAUGUGGCUUCUCAUGGAGGAGUACGAAGUGCACGAGUGUCUCAAGCAGCUGUUGAUGUCCCUGCUGCGGGCUUACAGAUUUUCACCCAUUAUCCCAGACCUGGGAUUACAAAUUCACUACCUCCGGCUCACUAUUGCAGUCCUGAAGCAUGAGAAAUCCAGGAAAUACCUACUCAGCAAUGUUCUCUUCGAUGUGCUCCGUUCAGUUGUGUUCUUCUACAUUAAGAGCCCGCUGCGUGUGGAGGAGGCUGGUUUGCAGGAACUCAUUCCCACCACAUGGUGGCCAAACCGCUUCACCAAGGAGGGCAAGGAGGGUAAGGAGGUGAAGGAGGAGAGUGCUGAGGAGAGACUGAGGCGGCGGGCGUAUGAAAGAGGCUGCCAGCGGCUCAAGAAACGCAUUGAAGUGGUGGAAGGUCUCCAGGUUGAGAUUCUGAAGUUGCUGCUGAACAACAAGGACAGAGGAGGGGGGGAAGCCUCCAGGUACAUCUUCCUAAACAAAUUCCGCAAGUUUCUUCAGGAGAAUGCUAGCAACAGAGGGAACUUGACCGUGUUGUGCCCACCAGAGUACAUGGUGUGCUUCCUGCACCGGCUUAUUGCCGCCUUGCGCUUCUUCUGGGAUGGCCACAAGGCAAAGACCCCUGCUGCACUGAGCAGUGAAGAGGCCUACAUCCCUCCUCAACUGUUUUAUAAUGGGAAGGUGGAUUAUUUUGACCUUCAGCGACUUGGAGGUCUCCUGUCUCAUCUUAAGAAGACUUUAAAAGAUGACCUGGCUGCAAAAGCCAAUGUCCUGAUCGACCCUGCUGAGCUGCAUGCAGUGACUAUGGACGAUCUUGAUGAAGAUGAGGAAUCGGCCACGUCAGCAGCACAGUCGCAGCGUCCCUCUGCUGCCCUGGCCAUCGGUGGAGCUCUAGCCAGACCUGGCUGGCUCAGCUCCCCGACUCUGGGCCGUGCAAACCGCUUCCUCAGCACGGCGGCUGUCAGUCUGAUGAACCCGCGACGGCCUCUUGGCGCCCUGGAGAAGAUUAAAGUGCGCACACUAAGUGUGGAGCAGCGGACAGAGGAGGACAUUGAAGGCAGCCAUGGAAAUGAGGGUCUCUUACUGGGCAGACCCCCAGAGGAGCCAGACCAGGCCAUUACAGAGAACUCCCUCCUGGAAAUCCUGGAUGGGAUAGUGAUGAUGUACAAUCUCAGUGUCCACCAGCAGCUUGGGAAGAUGGUUGGUGUGUCAGAUGAUGUGAAUGAAUAUGCCAUGGCACUAAAAGACACAGAGGGAAAAAUCAGCCGCUGCCCAAGGAGGAGGAGGGACAUCCACGAUGAACUGCUGAAGAGCCAAAAGGUCUUCUCUGAGAAGCUCAACCACCUAAGCCGACGCCUCGCCUGGAUAAAUGUCACCAUUUAUUCAAAGGAGAAGAUGCAAGAUAUAUAUUGGCUGCUGCGCGUGUGCAUCCGCACCAUUGAGCAUGGUGACAGGACAGGUUCACUUUUCGCUUUCAUGCCAGAGUUCUACCUCAGCGUUGCUAUAAACAGCUACAGCGCCCUCAAGAACUACUUCAGCCCUGUGAACAGCAUGGAGGACCUUCCAGGCUACGACGAAACCCUGAUGCGCCUUGCUGCCAUCCUGGCCAAGCAUUUUGCUGACUCGAGGAUCGUGGGCACAGACAUCCGGGACUCCCUGAUGCAGGCGUUGGCCAGCUAUGUCUGCUACCCACACUCACUGCGUGCAGUAGAGAGGAUCCCAGAAGAACAGCGGAUCUCCAUGAUGAAGAACCUCUUGGCUCCCUAUGAGCAGCGGCCCUGGGCGCAAACCAACUGGAUCCUCGUCAGGCUGUGGCGGGGCUGUGGCUUUGGGUACAGAUACACACGGCUCCCACAUCUCCUGAAAACCAAGCCGGAGGAUGCCAGCCUCCCCAGCCUGCAGAGAGAUCUCUCUGUUGCUAGUUUCCAGAAGCCGUGUCCCUCCACCUUGCUGCAGCGGCACAUGGCAGACCUGCUCUGCAGCGACCGUGACCUGGCCCCCAGCUUCCUCAACAGCGUCCUCAACCAGCUGAACUGGGCUUUCUCCGAGUUCAUUGGCAUGAUUCAGGAGAUCCAGCAGGCAGCAGAGCGCUUGGAGAGGAACUUUGUGGACAGCCGGCAGCUGAAGGUGUGCGCCACAUGCUUUGACCUGUCGGUGAGCUUGCUCAGGGUGCUGGAAAUGACCGUCACACUGGCACCAGAGAUCUUUCUCGACUGGAAUCGCCCAUCGUCAGAGCUGCUGCUUCGAAGGCUUGCCCAGCUCUUGAACCAGGUGCUGAACCGUGUGACAGCUGAAAGAAACUUGUUUGACAGAGUAGUCAACCUCCGUCUGCCAGGGCUGGAGAGCGUGGACCAUUACCCGAUCCUUGUAGCUGUGACGGGGAUACUGGUCCGGCUGCUUGUGGACACUGAUGUUCAGGGGGCGGAGCGUGCGACAGCAGUGCUGCUGGCAGACCCCUGCUUCCAGCUGCGCUCCAUCCAGUACCUGCUGGGCCACGCUGAGCCCUCGGCCCUGGCAGCUGCCGCCCCAGCCACGGACAAGCACCACUUCUCUCUGCACACCUACACGGAGUACAUCAGUGCCGAGGAGCUGGCGAAGGUGGACAGGAUGCUGAACCACCUGAGUGAGGAGUCCAAGCAGGCAGCUGCCACCACGCUGCCCACCAGCGAGGAGGACCUGUGCCCCAUCUGCUACGCACACCCCAUCUCGGCCAUCUUCAGACCUUGCUCCCACAAGUCGUGCAAAGCCUGCAUUAACCAGCACCUGAUGAACAACAAGGACUGCUUCUUCUGCAAGGCCACCAUCACGGGGGUGGAUGACUUCACCAAGCCGGCCAGCUCGUAGCGCCCAGCGCCCCCUCCCUGCCCCCCACCUCUGAGACGCAGGACCCAGCACGUGGCUGCACUGUGGGGCCGGGGACUGCAGGGGGGCAGAGGCUCGAGGCUACUGCCCCCCCUUGCUCAGCAGCCCCUCUGCCCCUCAAGCCGCUCUCCAGGAGGGGAGCCCAAGGCUUGGGCUCUGCAGCAGCCCCGUGGCCGGGGCAGGGGGGCCAGGCCGGGUGUU